AUGUAUUUCCAAUCGGUCAUUGAAUCUCAGCAACUUCCGCUACAAGAUUAUGGCGAGCGCCAAAUUCGGGGUGAUCACCAUUGGUGCCGGGGUUUUUCGCAGCCGUCUUGGAAUGGCCAGGAUUUCUCCCGGUGUGCUCGUUUGAAAUAUCUAAUCGGCGAGCCGGCUCUGGUCCUUGUUCUUCUGCUGGGCGGUUCAUUCAUCCUGCCGUGUCUUCUCUGUCUAUGGGCGCGCAUUCGAAGCCGAAAGACAGCUGGAUCAUGGUUGACGAGGCGUGUGGUACCACCCUACGAAGCAUUACACAAUCGCGGCUCUCCUCAAGCAACUCUUCAUGACCCAGAAUUGAACGGACCUGACGCUGUCUCACAAGCUGAAGAUCAGAUUAUUGCCAUCGAAGUUAUGCGCGAAGGCGGAUUGGGAAUAGACAAGCAAGAUCGUCAAGAGCUCCACGGAGUAAACAGCCUUCCUUCCCCAUUACACAUCCACCAAGACUGUUGUGGCGAGACGACAACCUACCUUACCGCCCUCGUUAAAUCAUGGAAGGACAUCUCAAUCUCUGCCUGCACAGUUGGAAUGCUAGUCACCGCCGCCGCACGUUACUUCAUCUCAACUGAUGCCGACGCAGGUUCAAAUUGGCUCCUAAUCCCUAUCAUACUUUGGUUAUCUGUGUCGGUGAUGUCAAUAGUGAAACUUCUGAUCCAAAUCCGAACUGUAAUUCGCAACAAACCCCAUCCUCACCCAACAUAUUUUGAGCUGGAAUAUCGUACCGUACCGAUCUAUCUGGUCAGCUUGCCUCUCGAGCUGCUGGACACCCGUAGCAUUCUACUUCAGCAUUUCGGUGGCCAACAUACCGUUGAAGCGACAUAUCAACUGAUGGUAAUCCGGUUGUUGACCUUAAUGUUCUUGAUCAUCGCAAAUGUGCUCGAGUUGGUGACUCCAAGACCUACGACACUGCUCCCGGGCUCAUCCAAGGAACGAAGCUCAUCAAUUGCACCAGUUGAUUCGCAGCCUGAAGUCCAACGACCAGCUCCAUUGGAGCCUGGACGCUCCUUGUUAUCCUUGGCUUACUUUAUCCACACCGAUUCUUACAUAUGGCGACAUAAAUCCGUGACAGCGACAGAAGAAUCUAUUCCAGACAUACGAGCAGACGAUAAGUCCGCCGCAAUUUUGUUUCGUUGGAAGAAGGAGCAAAAUGAAUAUGAAGCAGGAAACAUCAAGCCAAGCCUGUUGCGUGCAUUGACAUGGCACUCCAGGAAUAUUCUCUUGAGUCAACAACUUUUUGCUUACUUCAACGCUGCAGGAUCCUUGUUGCCGCCUUUCUUCUUACAACGUAUUGUUGGCUUCAUAUCAUCCAAAUCGGGCGAAAAUCCUCAACCAGGGCAUGUGGCCCUCUUGUAUGCUUUUGGGAUGCUUAGUACUCAAGCAUUCUUGGCCUUUUCCCUAUCUGCAAGUCUAAUGACUGGCCGCCGUCUUUCGCUCCGCUUGAGGGCGCUAUUGAUUACAUUGAUAUUCACGAAGUCACUUCGACGAACUGGUGUAAAUGCCAAAUUGUCAGAAGGUGUAGACACGAGGAAUGAUGACUCAUCAACUCAGAUCAAAUCGCCAUCAAAAGAAGAUCCGGGGGGGAGCGCGUCCACAGGUAAAAUCACAAACCUCGUCUCCAACGAUAUUGCCAGCUUGGCCGAAAUAGGAUCCCAUCUUCACUUUCUGUGGCCCGAAAGCCCCGUUCAGCUUAUCCUAGCAGGUAUAUAUCUCUACGUUCUCCUGGGUUACAGCGCAUUGGCAGGAAUGUUUUGUAUAAUAAUUGCUGUACCCAUACAGAGCUACCUGACUGCUAUUUGGGCUAGAUAUCAAGACAUGUUGAUGGGAGCAGCGGAUAAACGACUAGGCUUAGCAGCUGAAGUGAUCAAUAAUAUUAAAGUGAUCAAAUUUUUCGCUUGGGAAUCAAAAUUCUUGCAAAAAAUGCAAGUUUUACGUGAAGCAGAAUUGACUAUGCUUUUCAAGCGGCUUCUAGUUACCAUCGGCGAAUCUGCAGUAUCACUUUCUGUGCCAAUUAUUGUUAGCAUUGUGACCUUUUACACACAUACCAAAGUUUUUGGUAAAUCAUUAACUGCAGAAGAAGCUUUUACCGCGCUGGCCUUGUUCAAUGUCUUCAAGUUUCCGCUUAACGUUCUGGUCGAUACGAUCUCUGGGGUCUCGCAAUCUUACGUAUCUUUGAAGCGAAUCGAAAGCUUCUUGAAUGAAAAAGACACAGAAAAAUACUCAAGCUUGUCUGUGCCCAGACGUGAAGCAGGUGACCCACUUGUCGGUUUCAAAAAUGCUACAUUCACGUACGAAGCGAAGCAAGAAGAUGCGGACCCUACCCUCGAGUCUUCUACAUUCAAAUUGGGUGGGCUCGACUUUGGUUUCCCUGAAGGAAAACUCAGUCUGAUUAUAGGGCGAGUUGGCAGUGGAAAAAGUACUCUUCUUCUGUCACUCCUUGGCGAAACCACCAAGCUAAGCGGGGAGGCAUUCCUACCUUCACCUGUGUGUAGAGCCUGGGGGUUGGAUCCUGAGCUUCAACUCACUGACACUACCGCGUACUGCCCUCAACAAGCAUGGCUGCUAUCGGAUUCAAUACGAAAUAAUAUUCUUUACGGUAGCACGAUGAAUCGGUCAAGGUAUACGCAAGUCCUCAAGGCUUGUGCAUUGGCUCCCGAUCUCGCAACAUUUACCGAUGGUGAUUUGACUGAAAUUGGCGACAAAGGUACGGUACUGAGUGGAGGCCAGAAAGCUAGGAUUUCUUUGGCUCGCGCUUUAUAUUCUCCCGCCAAAGUACUCUUAUUGGAUGAUGUUUUAAGUGCGGUGGAUUCUCAUACCGCUCAACAUUUAUUCAAUCAUGUGUUAAAUGGCCCGUUGAUGAAGGAUCGCACAUGUAUACUGGUGACCAAUGCCGUUGACUUGUGUAUGCCAGCUGCAUCGUUUUUUGUUUCCUUGGAUCGAGGGCAAGUUGUUUACGCUGGAGAUCCAUCAGCCUCCAAACUCCCAUCCACCUUUGUAUCCGGGAACCGCAAAGUCAACAGCAACCAGAGUGCUCCAACAAUUGAUCCUGAACUGAUCAUUGAAGACCUUGCGGCAGCUAUCUUGAACAAGGACGAAGAAAUAAUCGAACUCAAGACGCGCGCAACCCAAACAUUAGUUGAGGAAGAACAUCAAGCUGUCGGUGCAGUUAGCUUUAGAACUUACAAACUUUAUUACGAUUGUCUGGGUGGCUUGAUUCCCCUUUUCAACACUUUUGUCAUGUUUAUCUUGGCAGAAUUGGGCAACAUCCUAUCAACAUGGGUCCUCAAGCAAUGGACCGAGAGUAACCAGAAAUCUGCCAGUCUGACAAACUUAACCUCUUCGAGUUUACUUCCUCCUUCAAUACUUACAGCCACCAAGAUUUUGUCAACAAGCCCGAACCCGCUAUAUCUAAAUCUUCACGCAGAUUCUUCUUCAGAAAGGGACUCGAUCCCAGAAGCACGGCCAGAUCAUUACAUUCUGUUGUAUCUACUUACCGGUAUGUUUGCAUUAGCCUUUGAGCUCAUCAGAGAAACGUAUUUCACUUGCCAAAGCAUCAUUGCUGGACGCAAACUAUAUGAACGUCUAAUUGGUACACUUCUUAGUGCCCAAGUGCGAUUCUUUGACACAGUACCCAUGGGGCGGGUGCUUAGCCGAUUAUCAACUGAUGUCCGCACAGUUGACCAAGACCUAGCAGAUACGCUAAUUUACAUGGCGGAGGAAGUCUUGGGGACAAUGGCCAUUCUGAUUGUGGUAAUUGCCGUUCUACCCAUGGGAUUCCUUCUUUGUGCCAUGGUGGCAUGUUCAAUCUAUGUGGCGAUUGGUUACCUAUAUCUGGCUUCCACAAGAGAAAUCAAACGAUACGAGUCAACUUCUCGUUCUCCUGUGAUUUCUUUGUGUACUGAAUGUUUGGGUGGUGUCACAUCAAUCAGGGCUUAUGGCGAUAUUGGGCGCUACACCCAACAGAUGUUUAGGCUUAUUGACGGGUACAACCGCCCAUUUUUCAUGUUGUGGAUGUGCAAUAGGUGGCUUUCUUGUCGGAUCGAUACUGCUGUUGCCCUCUUUACUUUCCUGGUGGUCAUCUAUAUAAUUCAGAGUGACAUGCCUGCCGCCUUAUCCGGGUUUGCUUUGUCGUAUGUGAUUAGCCUCAACAAGAAAACGCUUCUCAAACUAACCACAUGUGCACUGAUUGUGAAGGUGGAGAGAAUUCAUGAAUAUCUGGGCAUUGAUCAAGAACCCAAGGCUGGCAUCCAACCGCCUGCCGCCUGGCCUUCAAAACAAGGGGCAAUUGAAGUUCAGGGUCUAACAGCCCGAUAUGCACCUCAUUUGCCACUGGCCCUCAAGUCAGUUAGCUUCAGCGUUAAAGCCGGCGAGAAAAUUGGCAUUUGUGGACGAACUGGAAGUGGGAAGAGUACAUUAGCCCUAAGCUUCUUUCGAUUUAUUGAAGCCGAGGCCGGCCAAAUUCUCAUCGAUGGGCUUGACAUAUCAAAGUUAGACUUGACCUCUCUGAGGAGUAGACUGACAAUCAUUCCACAGGAGAGCGUCUUGUUUUCAGCACCAAUUCGAUGGAACUUAGAUCCAUUCUCAGAACAUGAUGAUAACCAAAUCUGGGAUGCCUUGCGCCGAGUUGGAAUGGCUGCCCCUUCAUCUGAGCUGUUGCCAAAUGGUAGCAAUGCGGCAGAUGAACCCCCUGAGCCCAGCUCCAUGGCUCAAGAUUUACCAUUCAUCACAAGUCUAGAUAUGGAGGUCAAAGAAGGUGGGAAAAACUUCAGUACAGGUCAGCGUCAGCUCUUGGCAAUUGCUCGUGCAAUACUCAAGUUGGAAAACUCGGCUUUACUUAUUUUGGACGAGUCAACUGCAAGCUUGGAUGCCGAAUCAGAUGAGAAGAUCCAAGCAACAAUCCGAUCAGAAAUGGGAAACUCUACCAUUUUAUGCAUUGCACACAGACUGAAAACAAUCAUCGACUACGAUAAAGUGUUGGUUUUAUCAGACGGGGAAGUACUGGAAUUCGAUGAACCCUGGAAGCUGUUAUUGGAUGAUGAGGAUGGAGAACAAGAAGUUGGAUCAGUCAAAAAAACCUCCGCAUUCAGAGAGCUUUGCCUCAAGUCCGGGCACUAUGAUGAACUCAAACAAUGCGCCUUAAAAGCUAAAGAACUCCGGUCCAAGUCUCAUUAG